AUGGCACCUGAAUCCGUGAUUAACACUGAGUAUACCUCACAAGUUGAUAUUUGGGCUCUUGGCUGUACUGUCUAUGAGCUGAUUACGGGGACACCACUGUGGGAAGACGCAGAUGGUGAUGAUGUGUUGGACAAAAUCGAGUUUGAGGAACCAAAGUUUCAGAAUUCAAAGUUGUCAAAUGAGGCUCAAAAUUUUCUGGAAAAAUGUCUUGUGAAGAAUCCCAGCUCGCGUUGGACUGUGGACAUGCUCUUGAACCAUACUUUUCUGCAGAAUUCAUCCAAAGUAGCCAACACAGCAAAGACAAGGAAGAAGAAAAGUGAUUCAAUGUCCCUUCUACACAAACCAAUCCAGAAGAUAACAUUCAAGAUCGGCCAUCAUAAAUUCUCGAGGCAAUUGCUGGAUCCAAAGCCCCUUCUAGACAAACCAAUCAAGAAGAUAACAUUCAAGAUCGGCAAUCAUAAAUUCGUGAGGCAAUUGACAGAUCUGAAGGAAGUAGAGAAUGAAACUUGUGGAAGGGUACUGAGUACUGACAAUAGUUAG